CUAUGGUUGCUAUAUAGAGUCUACCUUCUCUCCUUCCUCUCCGGUCUAAGAGCUAUCAUCACCAUGGCAAACUUUUGUCUUCAGUAUUUCUCCUUCUUCCUCUUUUCACUGCUUUGUCUCAUGGCUUGUCUCACUUUAUCUCACACCAAUUUUACCAUGAAUGAUGAAAUGACACUUCUUGCUUUCAAGUUUUCCAUCAAAGACCCUUACAAUCACUUGGCUAAUUGGUCCAACUCUUCUUCCAUUUGUAAUUGGGUUGGAGUUACAUGUGAUGCUCAUAACAGAGUAAGAAUCUUGAAUCUUGCUGAGAUGGGUCUCAAUGGCACCUUACCCUCACAACUUGGGAAUCUCUCCUUUUUAGUGGAACUUGACCUUCACAGAAACAACUUUUAUGGUCAGUUACCAAAAGAGUUGUUUCAGUUACAGAAGUUGGAAAUUCUCAACUUGAGUAAUAACACAUUAAGUGGAGAAAUUUCUUGGAUUCCAAGCUUGUUUACCCUUCAACAAUUGAUUCUUCAUCAUAAUGGUUUUGGAGGUGUUAUUCCCACAAGUGUAUACAAUUUAUCAAAGUUAGUGACCCUGGAUUGGAGUUUCAACUUUAUCCAAGGAUCUAUUCCACUUGAGAUUGGAAAACUUCAACACUUGAGGAUUUUAAACAUUGCAAUGAACAAGCUUUCAGGAAGUAUACCUCUAGCUAUUUCUAACUUAUCCUCACUUGAACAAAUAGUUUUAUCUCACAACUCUUUAUCAGGAGUUAUUCCCGAAAAAAUUAGCCAUCUCACAAAGCUGGAGGUUGUAAAGUUGGCUGCUAAUCAACUAUCUGGCUACAUACCGGAGAAUAUUGGGAACUUAACUAUGCUUCAAGGCAUAAUUCUUGACCGCAAUAACCUACAAGGUCCCAUGCCAACAGAUUGGAAUCGAUGUAAGGAGCUCAAAAUCUUGUCGUCAUCUUUCACCACAUUGAGUGGACACAUACCAAGUGAGAUCGGAAACUUAACAAAGCUUCAAGAAUUAUAUUUAGUAGCCAACUUUUUCACAGGGACAAUACCUAUGGAAAUAGGCAAUCUUCAUGAACUUAAGAUAUUACAACUGGCACAGAACAAUUUGAGCGGAUCUAUUCCAUCAAAAAUUUUUAACAUGUCAGCUUUGAAUAUCUUGUCCAUAUCAAACAAUUCUAUAUCUGGUAGACUUCCAGAAGAUUUUGGAUGUGGUCUUUCUAAUCUAGACGAGAUAUAUUUAUGGGGCAACAAACUUUCUGGAAGAAUCCCGAAUACUAUAUCCAAUGCUUCUAAGCUAACCAGAAUAGAAUUGCAGAAAAACAAAUUCACGGGAGUUUUACCAAGCACACUUGGUCAUUUAAGAUACUUAAAAAUCCUUGUAGUAUAUCACAACAAUUUGACCACCGCAGAUGCUUCCAAUUCUAAGACUAAGACUAGCUUUCUUAGCUCAUUGUCAAAUUGUAGACAAUUGGAAGUCUUGGAUCUCUCAAUAAAUCCAUUGUAUAUAAAACUUCCCAAAUCCAUUGGAAACUUGUCAAGUUCUUUACAAAGGUUGAUCUUACAUUAUUCUGGUAUUCAUGGAAACAUUCCAUCAGAAAUAGGGAAUCUCACUAAUUUGGUGGUAAUAUCUUUGGAUGGAAAUGUUUUGAAUGGAACAAUUCCAAAAACAAUUGGUAGCUUACAAGCUCUUCAGUAUUUGAGUAUUGAAUUCAAUGAGCUAGUUGGUUUGAUCAUUGCUGAGCUUUGUCAAAUCAAGCAACUUGCCUAUUUGCAGCUAAGUGGAAAUAAGUUUUUUGGAACAAUGCCACAUUGCUUAGGAGAUCUUACCUCUUUACGAUACCUUCAUUUAGGCUCCAAUAAGUUGAGUUCAAUGAUACCUUCACCUCUUUGGAAUUUAAAAGAUAUAUUGGAAGUCAACUUAUCUUCUAAUAAUUUUGUUGGAAAUCUUUCAUACAAGAUUGGGAAUUUAAAAGCUCUCGUGUCAUUGGAUUUGUCAAGAAAUCAAAUUUCAGGCAUCAUUCCAACAACCAUGGGUAAUUUGCAAAAUUUGAAAAUUCUCUCCUUAGCUAUUAAUGAACUGCAAGGGCAUAUUCCUGAAUCAUUUGGGAAUUUGCUAAGCUUAGAAAGUUUGAACCUCUCUCAAAAUUAUUUGUCUGGCGAGAUCCCUAAAUCUCUAGAAUCACUUACAUAUCUUGAGUUUGUCAAUCUUUCCUACAACAAACUACAAGGAGAAAUUCCAAGUGGAGGAGUUUUCACAAAUUUAACUGCUCAAUCUCUCAUGAUGAAUGAAGGUCUUUGUGGCCAACCACAAUUAGAAGUUCCUCCAUGCAAAAAAGGAAGAAAAAAGUCAAUGGCAAGGUUGAUUUUUUUGAAAUGCAUAUUACCUGUGGUUGUGUCAACAAUAAUUGUUGUAUUAGCCAUUACCCUUUUACAACAUAAACGACAAAACACAAGGGAUGCAAUUGAAAGGGAUUUAUCAACUUUUGGAGUACCAAGAAGGAUUUCUUAUUUUGAAAUCUUGGAAGCAACCAAUAGAUUUGAUGAUUGCAACUUACUAGGAAAGGGCGGUUAUGGUUCUGUGUACAAAGGAAGGCUGUCAAGUGGGAUGAUGGUCGCAAUUAAAAUCUUCAAUUCUAAUUUAGAACAAAUGUUAAGGAGCUUUGAAGUAGAAUGUGACAUCAUGCGUAAUUUGCGCCAUCGUAACUUAGUCAAGAUCAUUAGCAGUUGUUGUAAUAUUAAUUUCAGGUCUUUGAUUAUGGAGUUCAUGCCCAAUGGGAGUCUUGAAAAAUGGUUACAUUCUCAUACAAAUUGUUUAGAUUUUCUACAAAGAUUGAAUAUUAUGAUAAAUGUAGCGCAUGCUUUGGAGUACCUCCAUCAUGGCUUGUCAACUCCAGUGGUUCAUUGUGAUUUAAAGCCAAGUAACAUCUUAUUGAAUGAUGAUAUGGUUGCACAUGUAAGUGAUUUUGGAAUUUCCAAACUUUUAGCUGAAGGGCAAUCUAUGACAUAUACAAAGACAAUACCUACAAUUGGCUAUAUAGCGCCUGAAUAUGGAUAUGGAGGAAUUGUUUCAACUAAAGUAGAUGUGUAUAGUUAUGGAAUUAUAUUAUUAGAAGUCUUCACAAGAAAAAGGCCAACAGAUGAUAUGUUUGCGCCAGGAUUGAACUUGAAGAGUUGGGUAAGUGAGUUAAUGUCACAUGCAAUAGUUCAACUCAUGGAUUCCAAUCUAAUAGAAGGAGAUGAAUGGCAUAUUGAAAACAUUAUGACAUCUGCUUCCUCAAUUUUUGAAUUGGCCUUGAAGUGUUGCAAUGAUUCUCCAGAAACACGUAGCAAUAUGAUAGAUGUAGCAACAUCUUUAAACAAGGUCAAGGUCAAGUAUAUGCAAAGGCAGAAAAUCAUACAAAAAUAAGCAUGUUUGAUUUGUUGCAUUACCUAGUUAUUAAUGACUAGUUAUUGAAUUGUUUCCAAACAUUGAAGAUAAAGUAUUAGUGUGAUUUGUUAGUCUUUGAUGUUGGAAUAUUUUUUUUAUCUAUAUAGUGUGGAAUAAGAUUUGUUGUUGUUGUA